AUGUACUUAUAAUGGUGUUCAAUUAUCAGAAACAGAAUUUCCAAAAAAUUGGUUGAGGGAUGGGAUUCAGAUCAAAAUUUUAUUUCCUUUUUGUCUGAAACCUUGGCAUAUAUCUAAACUGUACCCCUCCCAUGGAGAGCUAAUGAAAAAUAAAAAACAAAAAGAUGAUUUUUGUUUUUUAACAGUUUGGGGAAUGGAAACUGAAGCUCCCUUUGGUUCUCCCCGAAGGCGCCCUUCCUUUUUUGAGCCCAUUUUUAAGGAACUCGAAAAAAAAACUGGAAAAUUAAAAAAGACAAAUUUUAUAACUAUAAAAGUUUUAAAAGGAAAAACAAAAAUAUUUCGAAGAGUUUCAAAAGAAACCAAAAAAUGGCUUAUCAAAAGUAUUCUAUUUCUAAAAAAAAUAAGAGAAGAACUUUCAAAAGUUUCAAAAGUCAUUCUAAUUGUAUUAUUUAGAUUCAAAGAAAUAUCUGAAUCGAAUGAAACGAAAAAAGAAAAAGAUUCUCUAAUUAGUAAUCAGAUAAUUAACGAAUCAUUUAGUCAAAUUGAAUCUGGAAAUUGGCCAAAUUCUUCACUGAUAGAAACCAAAAUGAAGGAUUUGACUGAUAGAACAAGUACAAUCAAAAAUCAAAUAGAAAGAAUUACAAAAGAGAAAAAGAAAGUAACUCCAGAAAUAGACAUUAGUCCUAAUAAAACAAAUAAUAUUAAAAAAUUAGAAUCGCCAAAAAAUAUUUUCCAAAUAUUAAAAAGAAGAAAUACUCGAUUAAUAUGGAAAUUCCAUUAUUUUCUAAAAUUAUUCAUUCAAAGAUUAUACAUCGAUCUAUUUUUAUCUAUCAUUAAUAUUCCCAGAAUUAAUACACAACUCUUUCUUGAAUCAACAAAUAAAUUGAUUGAUAAAUACAUUUCCAAUAAUGAAAUAAAUCAAGAAAAAAUUAAUAAUCAAAAAAAAAUUCACUUUAUUUCGACUAUAAAAAAGUCCCUUUCUAAUAUUAGUAAGAAAAAUUCACAUAUUUUUUUUGAUUUAUCCUACUUGUCACAAGCAUAUGUAUUUUACAAAUUAUCACAAACCCAAGUUAUUAAUUUGGCUAAAUUUAGAUCUGUCUUCAAUAUAACAGAACGUCUUUUUUCCUUAAGACUAAAAUAA